GUUACCACCUUAUCUUUCAGCUUAUUUCUCUAUUACUUUUCUAUUUUCGUAUCUUUCACCCCUUAUUUCUCUUUUUUGUUUUAGCGUUUCUCCCUUCUUCAAUUUCUUGAAUUCUAUAUGCUGUUUUUCCCUAACAGAAGUACUAUGUAACUCAUAGAAUGACAAAUUUGUGUUUUUUUAUGGCUACGUAUAUCAUGUAUAUUAUUUUUAAGCUUCUAGUAAAACUUAUUUUCCAACGUAACUCAGCCACAGAAUGUAUAAUAGCAUAGGCCUCUGACAAGUCUAAAAUUGAUUUUCCUGAAUGGUUACAAAAAUAUCAAAAGUAUACAUAAAGCUUAACUGAAAAGAACAAAAAUACUAGUCAUAGCAAUACAUGAAUUUGUAAACUCUGAAGGGUUAGAUGUUCCCAAUUAAUUAAGGGACAUUUUUAUGAUACCAUGAUUACUAUAGAGUAUGUUGCUAUCUAGAUGAAAAAAAUAAAUAAAAAUAGAGAAUAAAUUGCUUAUUUUCUUCUUACUACCUAUCACCAGAUGAAGCAGUCCUUAAUUAGAUCCCAGUUUGCUUGUACCUAUAAAGAUGACUUCAUGAUAAACAAGGAUAAAUGGGAUUAUGUUGAUUCAACAUCAAACUGUGUACGUGUUCUUCACAUGGAAAAUGACCUUUCUGAUGGUGUAAAUUCCUCUGUUGAAAGAUCAACAAUUGGAACAAGUUCUGGAAAUGUUCAUCUGGACAGAAGUAAAAAUAAAAAAGUAGCAAGAAAAUCAAGUAGUCAUACAGGAAAUAAAAGCUCAAAAAGGAAACAGGUGGAUUUGGAUGAUGAAAAUAUUCUGGGUGAUAAUGAAUGUGAAUCACUACCUCAACAUAAAAAUGCUACGAUACCUAAGACAUCAAACAAUUUGCAGAAUAAAUUGGAUGUCAAAGUAGCCAAAGUGACAAAAAGCAACAAGUGUUCUGCCAAGAACAAAUUGAUAACUGGCCAGACAAAGUUAACACAGUUUUUUAGACUAUGAAUUUGGCAUUUUAUGUGCUUUAGGUUUAUAUACAUAUUAUGUAUAUAUAAAUAAAACCAUUCACCAAAGAGACUUAGUUUUUAAGAGAUCAAAGUAUAAAUUAUGAUACUUUAUCAUUUUGGCCUGGAGUAUGUGUAAGGUUAGCAUGUUAGGCUUUGUUUAAAAAGAAAACUAGUAAGUCGUAUUUAUGCAGAAUAUUCACAAAGUUUAAUGCACAGGUAAAGCAUAUCAUUUAAGUUAAUGGCAUAUUUUAAUACUACUUCUUUUGAGAACAGACAUUUUAAAAUAAUACAAGUCAUAGUAACAUUAAGGGCUUUUUCCCCCACAGACAAUUAAAUGAUUUUGUUUUCUUCUGGAAAGAUGUAGUGGACCAGCAGGUAUCAGACUUGCCAACAUGGUCGAUAGACUCUUCCCAGCAUGCACCUGAGCACUGAUAAGAAAAAAGAGUUUAAAUUGUUUAAAGGAAUAUUAUUAUCAUACAUAUUUGCAAGAUAUAAAAGGAUGGCUUUAAUAUAAUUCUGAGUGAUUAAAGUUGCAAUAACUCAUUAAAUGCUUUUUAAUCCCACAUCUUUGGCAGGGGUCACUUAAUAUUAAAUGUAACUGAACCAUGGUCUUAUUUGAUUUUGUUAUGAUUGGAUCCAAAUUCAGUUAAACUCAGAGUUCUGUUUUAUGGUAUUAAGAUAGAAGAAUUAAAUUUUAAAAGACUACUCACUGUCAAAAUCUCUCCUUCCUAUGGGAAAUUUAGCUGAGUUUUCUUCAUCCCCAAUUUCUCUCUUUUCUUGUGUUGAUUCAAUAUUCUGAACUCCAUUUUCAGCUGGAAAAACUACAGAUCCUUUUAGUGCAGGGUAAGGUUUUAUAGCCAGAUUCAGUGGUAGACCAUGAUUUAAGAAAUUAUGUUUGGCACCUGCAUUCUGUAAAGAAAAGGUUGAUUUGUGUUUAACUGUCUUAUUGGGAAUGGAACUAUGAUACAAUUGUGUAAUACUUUCAUUGAUCAAUUCAAAAAUGCUCUGCGCUGUUUUUAUUCUAAAUAUACCUUAGAAUACAAUUUUGGGGGGAGACAAACCCAUUUGGAGAAAGAGAUGUUGUCCAGGAUGGAAAAAUAGCCUGUUAUAUAUGAAAUUUAAUCAUUUAAUUAUCCUAAUGUAUAUUGUGACUAUUUGCCCAUAUUCUGUGAAGUAUUAAUUUUACUUUUAAAACAUUCAUUAAAACCAUUUAAAUUUCCAUUGAAAUAAAGGACAAGUCACAAUGUCACUUACCUUUGAGUUUUUGUUCUCCUCAUCAUUCAUGAAGCUGGUCUCAUCAUUUCUAUAUUGUUCCAGGGAAGGAGCAAUGACUGAUUUUUCUGCAGCAUCUACCUUCUGAAAGGCUUUCCCCAGCCUAAAUGUAUUGAAUACCAUGUCAUCUUCUAAAUUUCUUAUGGACUUGGAUGCUGAAAGUAAAAUGCCUUGAGAAAGCAGAGAAAAAGUUAGUAUUAAUAUAUAGAAAG